UCGCCCCAAAGAGAGCGUUCCGAGCUUCAUGCGGCAGACCACGGCGUCGCUCCUCAAGCGGGGCUCCUUCAACGACAGGCCAGACACGGCCUGGAAGCGUGGGGAGCCCCGCAAGCCGCGGAGGUAUGCCAUCCGUAGGAGGCCCCUGCGUGGCUUCGCGAUCACAAGGGACGGCAAACGGCUCAUCCGAAGAAGUGUGGAGGAAAAGCGCCGCAGGCAGAGAGCUAGGAGAGCCAGGAUGGGGAAAAAGUUGGAGCCAAAGUCGCCCUGGGAAAUGGGCGCAGCACGGUUUAGAAAGGAGGGCAAGGAAGUUUUUAGGGUGGCAUCUUCGCCAUACAGAGUUCGAUCCUUGAGAAGUGCAAGGAAACGAAAGGCAGAGGGGGGUGCUGCUGAGGGGGCCCUGGCGAGCAGGACUGAGAGGUCCAGGGCUGAGAGUGUCAGGAGCCAGCGGUCCCGUGGGGCCAUUGUUGCGAGCAGUGUGAAGAAUGGGAAGCGGGAAGGCGGGGCGGCCAGGCUGGGUCGCUCAGUUUCUGCUGUCAGCCCAUCCAAGCACCUGGCACCAGCCAUGGGAAAAAAUGGCAAAGUGCUGAGGGCAUAUCAGAGCUCUGUGGGGCCAGUCAGGCAACAGAAUGGGAUGGAUGUGGGCAAGCAGAAACGUGGCCUUGCUGCAACGCAGCCCACUGCCAAGGAAGGUUUGGAGGCAGUCGGGGCUGAUGGCCCGGACUGGGUGAUUCACUGUGUUCGCCAGAGCCAGCCUGCCGUGGAGUUCGUGAACAGAAGUGUGCCCUUUGCGGCUCCCACACCUUUGGAAGUGCGUGAUGCCAGCAGCAACAAAGGAAGUGAGAGGAGUGUGCAGGAGGGUAGCCAGACAGCAGCCCUUGCUGCGAACCUCAUUCUGUUGGAUGAUGUGGAACCCCAGCAUCCAGGGUCUGUGUCUGAAGGUGCUGCAACAAAAGGCAGUGAUGCUCAUCCUGGUAGCGUUGGGUACCUUGAAAGGGGUUUCGCCCAGGCUUCUUUCAGCAGAGCAGGAUCACCGAGCCUGGCUGAUGAGCAUACAGAUGGUCCAGUGGAGGCCAACAGUUUUGUGUCUGACAUGCAAGUCAGGCGUGAGGAACACGACUUAGAGGCAGAUGGGGGAGCUUGCAUUAUUCUAGGAGAAAAAGAGAACAAGGCAGGAAAGGGGAAAUCGAACUUGGGGGGACUAUUCCCUGUCAACAAUGGGGAAGAAGAAAUGAAAAUGGCUGACGCCACAGAAGAAACCAGCAGCGAGGAACAGGUGGUGAGUGCGCUUGACAGAAACAGCAGCCCUGUGUCAUGGUCUGAGAGUCCAAACUCAGCUGCAUCAAUGCCCAACAGUCCUUUCGGGGCUGUGGCCCCCGAUGUCCCUGACAUGGAUGACGAGAAGACGACGCCACGUACACGUAUGCGGCUGCGGCGCCAGCGCCGCGAGAACAGAUUGGCGCGCAUUUCUGAGCUGGCCCCCUUGUGCCAAGUCCCUGCAGACCACCAAGUAAAUGGAGCUGUGCCGGGAAGGCUGGCGCCUGUUGCUGAGAUUUCUGAAGUGACUGAGGAGGUCGCAGAGGCUCAGGCGAAGGAAGUGAUACCCGUGAUUGCCCCCCGGGAAGGCAGGGCCCUGAACAAGUCUCCGAAGGGUCGCAGCACUGCUAGACACAAGCACUGCUUCGUCACAGCUGGCGCUGCGGCGGUGGUGGGGUUCUUCUUUGGGCAGACUGACAAACUGGAGGGAAGGAUGGAGGAUGAGGUGCACAUUGGAAGGAUGUCUGUAGAGGAGGGUGGCCACACACAGUUGCACGACUGGAUGUGGCACUCGGCGUCAUGA